UUUAUUUUUUUGUUUUAUAGUUGAUUUAUAAUUAGAAUGUUUAUUUUGUUGUUUCUAAAUAAGUUUUUGGUUAGUAAUUCACUUAAUUAGUUAAUUGAUUUCAGUUUGGGAAGUGGGUGUGUUUCACAGUAUAAAUACGUAGAGUUUAGAUGAGUCUUUAGGCACAUGGGUGGUCAUAUGGUUUUUUACCUGUCUGUCUGUCCGUCUGUCAUCAGUCAGUGUUAUCAGUGAGAACAGGUGCAGGAGUUAGGAUAGGUUUAUCCGAAGCCUGUAACUUGUUUUAGCAAAAGAUUGAAUAAAAGUAAACUAAGAGCAUUUUGACUGUUUGACCUUUGUUGUACUGCGUAAACCAGAACCCAUGAUGCCCAGUAUUGACUGUUUGAGUUUAUUUCAUUUUGUUUUGACCACUUUUUGAGAUUUGAAUUUUUUUGAUUUUGGAAUUAAGUUUUCGGGACAAAUAGUCAAUAUACUUCAAGUAAAAAACCCGACCUUGGCAUUUUUGAUACGACAACAAGUAAGAAAGACGAUCCUGGAGUUUAAUCAACCGUCUCAAGUUGGCGGAUGGCUCCGUAAAGUUUGGAGGAACCACUUCCUUUGUUCUCUGGACGCCGAAAGCUGGAGGAAGCGGCCACGCCCACAAGCCAUGAAGGUGCUUCACCUCCAAGCUCUAAACGCUCACGUCUUUCUUCAGUGACAGCGGUAUGUACAAUGAUUGCUAAUGCUGUAAAGGAAAACGGCCAAACGACAGGAGUUUGAUGAUAGCGAUCAACGUUACCGUACAAGUUUGUCAACAUGAUGAAUGAAAGACUGAGUUAAAGCGCUGCACCUUUACGCACAGCCAUUGACUUUUAAAGAAAAAGGAAAGUUAUAGACAAAACUGCAAGCAGUUCAAAGUGUUUGGCUAAAAUGUCUGAUGUAUUGAAAGCACAGUCAACCAAGAGUGAUUCGGAGAUUUCAUCUAAACGAAGUAUUAAAAUGACUGAGAAAGGCUUGAUGUCUUGUAUAAAAAUGUGCCAAGAUAAAAGAAUUGCUAAAUUGAAGCAAGCAAGACGAAUAAUGGACGAUUUAAAUAUUUUGAUGGAGUCAAAUGAUAAAGCUGACUCAGUGAAUUCUCUUCUUGCUACAUUUAUUCAAUGUUCUCAGGAUGCAGAGGCGUCUCAUAAAAACUUAGCAAGUUUGCCACUCCCCUCUGAUGAACUCAUGAAACAAAACGAACAUUUCCAGAAUAAAAUGAGUUCUUACCACGAGUUUACUGAGCUUGUCAGGGGCUGGUUAUGUGAACGGGAGAAGCCCUUUGUGCAGCCCAGUGCAGAUGAUUACGAUCAAGACAAGAAUGAUGUUAACGCAAUUAAUCCUGAAGACAGCGCUUCCAAUGUGCGCUCUGUAAAGUCUAAGUCAGGCUCUCAGGUGUCCCGUGUCUCCUCUACAUCUUCGGCUCGCAUUAAAGCGGAGGCCGAGAGAGCGGCGCUGCUGGAGCGCGCUGCAGGACUCAAAAAGAAACAUCAGUUGGAAGCGCAGGAGGAAAAGCUAAAACAAGAAAAAGAGCAACUAGAACUUGAGACUGAGUUAGCGGCUGCUAACGCGAAACUUCGUGUGUUGGAAAUAAAUUCACAGUGUGGCUCAAAAUGUUCUGAUGGCAUGAAUUCGUAUAUUGAAAAGCGCAAUUCCAACAUGGCGCUUGAUCCUUGUGCCAAAGUAUUCGUUCCAGAGAGAAAUAUGGACGAUUUUAAAAUGGCUUCUGCCAUCGUUGAGAAACCAGUUGUUAGGCUGAAACAAAAGCCACCAAUUCAAAGUGUUGAUAAGCCACAAAGUGUCUGUGAUGAAUUAACUGUUCAACAAAUCAGUAUUAUUGACAUCAUGCAGCGGCAAAAUGACAUCACUGCCAUGUUGGUUCAGCAAAACCAAAACUCUGUCUUGCCACCAAGAAACAUCCCUGUUUUCGAUGGUGAUCCUCUUCAAUAUGAAUCAUUUAUAAGAGCGUUUGAGAACAGCGUGGAGGCCAAAACGUCUAAUUUGAGUGACUGUUUGCACUUUUUAGAACAAUACACUAGGGGGCAGCCUAGAGACCUUGUGCAUAGUUGCCAGCAUUUGCCGUCAGAACUGGGCUAUCCUAGAGCUAAAAGUCUUCUUUCUGAACAUUUUGGAAACGAAUAUAAAAUUGCGCAGGCCUACAUGGACAAAAUUAACAAUUGGCCAGCUAUUAAAAAUGAGGACAUUAAAUCACUGCAAGCAUUUUCUCUGUUUCUUAAGGGAUGCUCAAAUUUAACAGAAUAUGUUACUCAUUUGAAAGAAUUGGACUUGCCAUCAAAUAUGAGGAGCAUAAUCCUAAAGCUUCCCUAUAAAAUGAGAGAGAGCUGGAGAAAUGUAGCCUGUGACCUGCAGGAACACAGGGGUCAGAGGGCAUUAUUCAUUGAUCUGGUUGUUUUUAUUGAAAAACAAGUUAAAGUUGUAUCUGAUCCACUGUUUGGUAACAUUAUAGAUCUUCAACAGCUCAGCUCUAAAAACACCCACAGCAGCUUUACCAAACAGAAGAAAAGGGGGAAUAGUUUUGCUACAAAUGUUCUUGCAGUAAAAAAUGAAGAUCCAUCUGAAAAUAAGAACAAGUCCUCAAAGGGUUAUAGCUGUUUGUAUUGUCUCCUAAGUAAUCAUACAAUUGACAAAUGCUUUAAGUUUAAAGACAAGUCACAUAAAGAUAAAGUGAACUUUAUUAAGGAAAAGGGAAUGUGUUUUGGCUGCUUAAAGGUGGGUCACAUAAGCAGAGAAUGCAGAGGUCGCUUGGUCUGUUCUGUUUGUCACCAGCAGCAUCCCAGUGUCCUGCACAUCGACAAGGAGAGUACAGAGGUUUUCUCCAGACAUCCACAGAAUCCUCCAAGUACCACCUCCACAAUGACUCAGACCUGUGGUCAUGUCAGGGUCUGUGAUGAAGAUAACUCAAACCUUUCUAUUGUUGCAGUUCAAGUCAGGAGUCCAAAAACGAACAUCACUGUGCAGACAUAUGCAUUUUUGGACCCAGGAAGCACAGGAACAUUCUGCACUGAAAGUUUGGCCUGGAAGCUGCAACUGAAAGGUAAAAGAACAAGCAUCCAACUGCAAACAAUGGGACAUAAAGAUAUUGAGGACAUCGACAAGUGGCCAUACCUGCAAAGCAUCAAGCUCCAUGACAUAGAUGCUGAUGUAGAUCUGCUCAUUGGCACAGACGCACCUAAAGUAAUGGAGCCAUGGGAGCUGAUCAACAGUCAGGAGGAAGGCCCAUAUGCAGUUUGGACCCGAGUUGGAUGGGUCAUCAAUGGUCCACUCCGGAGUGAGAGGAACAAAACAGGCUAUCAUGCUUUCACUGUAAACAAGAUUUCUGUUAAACAUCUGGAAACAAUGUUGAUUGAACAAUACAAUCAUGAUUUCAAUGAAAAAACAUCCCAAGAGCAAAUUGAAAUGUCUAGAGAAGACAUCAAGUUCAUGAAUAUCAUGAAUAAUUCGGCACAAUUAAAAAAUGGACAUUAUUGUAUUGAUUUGCCUUUUAAGUCUGAAAGUUCCGUCUUGCCUAUUAAUCGUUGUGUUGCAGAACAACGUCUUCUGAGCCUGAAAAGAAAGUUUAACAUGAACAGCACCUUUAAGAAAGAUUACAUUGCAUUUAUGAAUGACAUGCUAUGUAAUGGAUAUGCUGAAAUUGUACCUGAUGAUCAAUUAAUGGGCAAUGAGGGCAAGGUGUGGUACAUACCCCACCACGGUGUUUAUCACCCCCGAAAAGGCAAAUUAAGAGUUGUUUUUGACUGUGCCGCAACAUUCAAGGGAACCUCACUGAACUGCCAGCUGCUACAAGGACCUGAUCUGACUAACUCAGUUGUGGGAGUUCUUCUGCGUUUCAGACAAGAGCCAAUAGCAGUUAUGGCAGAUAUUCAAGCUAUGUUCCACCAGGUUUAUGUUCCAGAGAAACACAGAGACUGUCUUCGCUUCCUCUGGUGGCCCAAUGGUGACACAUCGCAAGUUCCACAGGAAUAUCGGAUGACAGUACAUCUGUUUGGAGCAGUGUCCUCCCCAAGCUGUGCAAAUUAUGCAUUAAGAAGAACAGCAGAAGAUAAUGCUCAGCAGUUUCCAGCUGAAGUGGUCAGUACAAUCAAGCAUAAUUUUUAUGUGGAUGACUGCUUAAAAUCUUUGCCUACAGAAGUGGAAGCAAUAAAGUUUGUUCAAGAUUUGACAUCUCUUUGCAAUAAAGGAGGAUUUAAGCUCUCAAAGUGGCUCAGUAACAGUCCCGCCAUUCUGCAAAUGGUUUCGGGCAACACCAAAGCAAAAGAAAUGUUAGAAAUGGAUUUGGAGCUUCCAAUGGAACGUGCACUUGGAUUGCAGUGGUGCCUUCAAAGUGACUCCUUUAAAUUUAAAGCUUCCCUUCCAGAACGGUCUCGCACAAGAAGAGGAAUACUGUCAGUGGUGAGUUCACUGUACGAUCCCUUGGGGUUUCUUGCUCCCUUCAUCAUCACUGCUAAAUUUCUUUUACAAGAGCUCUGCAGGAGAAACUUGGGCUGGGAUGAUGCAGUUCACCAUCAUUUUUCCAAACAAUGGACUGACUGGCUGGAUGACCUGAAGAGGAUCUCAAAGUUUGAAGUGAGUCGCUGCAUUAAACCUAAAAAUUUUUGUCCUGUUACAGCACAACUCCACCAUUUCUCCGAUGCCAGCCAAGUGGGGUAUGGUACAGUGUCGUAUAUAAGAUUUCAAAGUGAGCAUCAUGUGCAUCUGGCAUUCCUCCUAGGAAAGGCCAGAGUCGCUCCCCUCAAGCAGACAACCAUCCCUCGACUGGAGCUCACUGCAGCCGUCCUUGCUGUACGACUGGACCAACUGCUUCAUAGAGAACUGCAUCUUCUCUGUGAAGAUGUAAUUCUGGAGGCAUCUGUUUUUUGGACAGACAGCACCACUGUCCUAAAAUACAUUUGUAGUGAAGCAAAGAGGUUUCAUACAUUUGUUGCAAACAGAGUGUCAAUCAUUAGAGAAGCUACAUUAGCUAACCAGUGGAGAUAUGUGAGUUCCAAAGACAAUCCAGCAGAUGAAGCAUCAAGAGGGAUGAGAGCAGAGGACUUCUUGGAGCACAGCAAGUGGAUUGAUGGUCCUGAGUUUCUGUACGACUCUGAAAACAAAUGGCCUAAGUUGGGUGUAAAGUAUGACUCACUUCCUGUUGCUGAUGCUGAAAUAAAAAAGGAUGUGACUGUUAAUGCUGUUGUUGAGGAGGCUAAAAACCCUACCAGUUUUUUCAUCUCCUACUUCUCAUCCUGGAUGAAGCUAAAAACAUCUGUAGCCUGGGUUUUAAAGCUUAAAGAACUCCUUCUUCAACUGUCUCAGAAAAGAAAAGAGUUUUCUGACAUGAUGCAUGAGUCUGCAGAAGACGCAAACAUUAAAGAGCAAAAGGUGUUGCAAAAGAUGCAGCAGUUUAAAACUAUGCUAAAAAUCCAGUGCUUAACAUCUGAAGAUUUGACUGCAGCAGAGCAUUUCAUUAUUCUCUUCGAACAACAUCACAGGUUUGAGCCAGAGAUCAGCGCACUCAGAGCCAACAAGACAGUCUCCAAAGACAGCCAGCUGUAUCGACUCGAUCCAGUGAUCGAUGAAGGAGUCCUCAGAGUGGGCGGACGUCUUAAAAAAGCUGCUAUGCCAUUUGAAAUUAAGCAUCCAGUCAUCCUGUGUAAAAACAUGCAUGUGGCAACGUUAAUUCUGCGUUACAUUCACCAUCUGCAUGAAAGACAAAAAUGGAUGAGACGGAAAAGAAACAUCUCUCCUGGAGACAUUGUCCUGAUCGCAGAUGCUACUGCACCUCGAGGAUGUUGGCAGAUGGGGAGAGUCCUGGCAGUCAAAGCUGAUGGAGGAGGACUGGUUCGUUCAGUGCAACUGCAGACCAAAACCAGUGUGUUGGAGAGGCCAGUGACGAAGCUCUGUCUGCUCCUGGAGGCAUCUGCAGACUAAAGACAUUCUUAUUCUUUCUACUCUAUCCUAUUCUAUUCUUUCUUUUUUCUCUUGCAGGUUCGUCAUUAUGGAAAUGAAGGAUAAAGAAGAAUUUAUGUCUUUGCAUUAAUGUAGGACAAUAUUGAGGUUGUUAGAAUAGCUCCUUUAAUUAGAGAUUUAAUUGUGAUUUAAUGCACAAUUAGGGGCUGGAGUGUAGGAGCUAUUUCUCCAUUAUUUUCAGUUAAAGUUUAGAAUGUAGAUUAUUUAGUUUAUUUUUUUGUUUUAUAGUUGAUUUAUAAUUAGAAUGUUUAUUUUGUUGUUUCUAAAUAAGUUUUUGGUUAGUAAUUCACUUAAUUAGUUAAUUGAUUUCAGUUUGGGAAGUGGGUGUGUUUCACAGUAUAAAUACGUAGAGUUUAGAUGAGUCUUUAGGCACAUGGGUGGUCAUAUGGUUUUUUACCUGUCUGUCUGUCCGUCUGUCAUCAGUCAGUGUUAUCAGUGAGAACAGGUGCAGGAGUUAGGAUAGGUUUAUCCGAAGCCUGUAACUUGUUUUAGCAAAAGAUUGAAUAAAAGUAAACUAAGAGCA